AUGGCCGACGCUUCGGAAGGGGUCUCGGAGGAGAGGACGGAGCCGUUCUCGCAGUCGGAGAUUGACGCGCGGUUCAAGGGCAUCCGGGUCGAGGAUGCGGGCAGCCUCGCCGACAGCGAGGUGGUCCCCCUCGACGUGCUGCAGGUCGAGGACCACCACCACAAGCAGGGGAUCCGCAUCCUCGUCCGGCCGCUGACCAAGAUUCACAACACGCGGUCCGUCAGCCCGGGCAGCGACAACUGUCAGUGGCUGGCGCUCCGGGCCGAGGUGGCAUCGUCGGACGAGCCGGAGCACAAGGUGUUGGCGGUGACGCAGACGUCCAAGGACAUUAAAUUUUCCGUCCGGAUCCCGGGCGAGUCGCGAGACGAGUCCUCGCGGCCGCCGCUGUGGUGCGAGCUGUACUACGACCCGGCGAGCGACAAGGUCGUCUUCCUGAGCAAGUCGGACGUGCCGCUGAGGCUGCUGAGCGUCUGCCAGAACGCGGCAGCGAGCCCGCCGUCGGGCGAGGGCCACGUCGUCAACCCGGGCUUCGCCAAGUUCCUCGAGCCGGGCACGUGGAGGAUCAAGGUCAGCGACGUCGGCGUCCUCGACUUUCGCGUGCUCGAGAGGCGGCCGGUGCGGGUGCGCGAGCCGGCGGCGGCGCCGACGACGACGCACGAGUCGUCGCCGCGGUCGGAGGCGGCGAGCCCGUCCGCGAGGGCCCCGUCGGCCGGCAAGCGGUCGCUGACGGACGGCGUCGAGGGGAAGCGGGCGAGGCGUCGGCUCUCGGACGUCGAGGCCGACGGCGACGACGGCGACGACGGCGUCAUCAUGUUCCUGCGUCCGGCGGCCGAGCCGCUCGUCUUCCCCAUGCCCAACGGGCGCGAGAGCAAGGAGCUGUCGGCCGGCGACGGGCACGCGCUGCUCGACGCCGAGCAGGGCGACACCAUCCUCGUGCCGGCCGUCUGCGAGGUGGACGAGUAUCAGCUCACGAAGCGGGAGCCCAUCGCGACGACGGCGCUGUCGGCCGUCUUCCGCGGCCAGCACUCGCGCGUGCCCGAGAACAUCGUGACGGUCAAGGUGCUCAAGACGAGGGUGGCCGGCUCGCAGGACAAGCCGCUCGCGCACGAGCGCAACGUCAUCCGGCAGGCCGACAUGUGGAUGCGCGAGUGCCGGAGCCAGGAGGACCUCGAGCACAAGUCCAUCGUGCGCUACUACGGCGGCGACGCGCGCUACCUGUCGCUCUACAUGGAGCACGUGCAGGCGCCCGACCUCGCCUCGUCGUCGCGGUGGAGGAGCCGGUCGGACGAGUUUGCCGGCACGCGCGAGGACGCGGCGCGCAUCCUGCGGGACAUUGCCGACGCGCUGCACUGCGUCCACGGCCGGCGGCUCGUCCACAACGACGUCAAGCCGGCCAACAUCCUAUACUCGCCCGAGCGGGGCGCCGUCCUGUGCGACUUUGGCCUCUCGACGCCGGCGUCGAACUCGCCGACGACGGGCGGCACGCCCUACUACGUGCCGCCCGAGUUCAUCGGCAAGAAGGUCCGGGGCCCGCCGUCGGACGUCUGGGCGCUCGGCGUCACCAUGCUGUACGUGCUGCGCAAGAUUCCCUUUCCCGACAGCCGCGCGCGGAGGCACCAGGCGAAGCCGCUGUACUGGCAGAUUGGGGGCAUCAACAACCCGUCGCUGCCGUACAAGCAGCACGGCAACGGCCAGCCGGCCGUGGUGCAGAUGCGCGACUGGCUGACGGAGAUGUUUGAGGCACGAGAGAAGCUGAGCACGCGAGACCGGCUCGAGCGCUUGGUCAGGGACAUGCUGACGCCGAACCCGCACCAACGAAUCACCAUGGCCAAGGUGCUGCAGGAGCUCGGCGUCGAGAGCGCGGCCGCACCACGAUGA